AUGUCCCACGUAGCAGCUGGCAGCCCAGUGCCGGCAUCUUCCUCUUUCCCCGUAGACCUUCUUCAUCACUCCGUUCCUCGACGACUGCGACGACAGACCGAAUCUGCCGUGCAGCAGCAGCAGCAGCAGUCAGAGACUAUUCAUGCACAUCAUCGACCGACUCGAGAAUCCGGGGGGACAACCCACAGCGCGACGCUUUCCCGACGACCAGGCACCGCUCAUGGUCCCACGAGACGAGGAACGCUGAAGAUGAAUGGGAAUAUGAUGAAUUCCUCUGAAUCCCAACAGCCUUUGUCGCCUGCCGAUCCCCGUGACACGGGCAGGGCAGGCGCGCUAACAACUUCGGCCGGCGACGCCUCCGCGCCCGUCGUCUCUUUCCCAUCCUCGCCCUCCGCCUCGACUUCACAAGUGCCGCCGUCGCCUCGCGUUCCCCAGACUCGCUUUAAUUUCGAAUAUCAGUACCCGCUGCGCCGAAGGGCCCUGACUUCCCAGACCGGACUCCCCUCGGUCGACGCUUCCCCGACCUCGAUUCCCGAUCCCGACCCUGUUUCAGCUUCGGCUUCAGCUUCCACCCCCCCAACCCCCCAGCGCACGCUGUUGCACGACCGCUCCCGGCGCUCGGUCCCGGGCUUCUCUUUUUCCCAGCCUCACCGUCGCACUCCUGCCGCCUCCGCCUCGCAACCUCCCUCGCCCGGACUGGCCCUCGAGGAGGACAGCGACUCCGCGACGCCCCUGGAUGCGACCGGCUCGACCGUUCGAGUGCUGAGUCCCAAUGCGACGAAGCGUCGGAAACAGUCCUUCAACGCCCAUCAAACGUCGCCGAAUGUGAAGAGAAGAAUGCCCUCCUCCACCGUAUCUUACCUGCAGUCGAGAGCGCCGACAGAUGAGCGCGCCCAUCGCGCCGUCAAUGGAAAUGGAAUGGAAAAUGGAUUCGAUAAAUAUGGCUCGGAGGACGGGGCCAGAACCCCCGUCGCGGACGACUCUCGACUCAAGAAUGAGGACAUUUUCUUGAAUAUCGCUAGAUCGGACUCCACUCGUCGCGAAUCUUUCGGACGAUCAGACUUCAGACGGUCACGAUUUAGGAUGUCAGGGAGUGGUCUUCGCACCCCAGCCUCCCGUGCUAACGAGCCAACCCCGUCGCCCGAUCAAUUACGAUCGAAUAACUACGCUACCCCCUUGCAUUCCAACAAUGGUUCCCCUUCCAACCCGUCCGGCCCUCGAGCCUACUCCUACUCGCUCUCUGAACACCCUCUCGAGGAUCAUUCCAAGCCCCACCACUCGGGCUACGUUGCCAGCUCGAGGACCGCCAUCGGUCUACCGCGCAGCCGUCUAAGCAAUGUUGGCAUCGACAGCUCGUCCCAGUACCCCGAGUCAAAUGGAGAGAGGCGAGCGUCGUUCCAGGAUCCUCGACUUUUCCGCAAUUCGACGCUGUCGACCAUCCGUAGCAGUAGGCAAACCUCCACUUCGGAAGCGACCGAGCGUGCGCGAAUCGAGUCCGAUCGAACGCGACAGGACGGCACCGAGUCGACGCUGUCGACGACAUCCCCUUCAACCGUAUGGGAUGAAUUGGAGGAUCUGAAGUCCCGGAUUCGCAAGUUAGAAUUGACCGGCAAGCUGCCACCGUCUUCGCAGGAGGCGAUUUCGUCGGCCUCCGCGGACCGACCACGAACUGCAACAACUACCGUGACAACGGUCUCGUCUUCCCCAAAUCAUGGCCGUCAGACGAGUAACCCAUCGGCCGAAUCCGAGACCGUUCCCCCCAACCCAGUCCACCCACUUCUUCAAUCGGCAAUGGCGAAGGCGAAGACCCUACUGAACAAGGAGGUGUACAUGACUUUGGAUGCCACCGUGACAGACGCAAUCGCUCUGUCGAACAAUCUCCACGCCCAUAAAGCGUCAUCGAGCGGCGUGUCUGGCGUGAAUGGCUAUGGCACGUCUGAUCGACAGUCCCGACGGAAGGCCGAUAGCGUGUGCCGAAGCUUGACCGAGCUCUGCCUGGCAUUGUCGGAUGAGCAGCUUCGCCGGCAGCAAGCUGCAGAUCAGGCGAAGCCACAGCAGCCGAAUGGGGUAGCAGAGGAAGAGACUUAUGCGCCCGCUGCGCCCGCGCUGCCGCACCAGCAGAGCACGACUCGUGAACCUGAAGGACUGGCCCGACGGCAGAGCACUCGUCUCACAAGCCGCCUGGAGGCCCGCCGAGCGAGUUUGGCGCAGCCCAACGCGAGUCCCUCCGGUGAAAACAGUAGCACCGUAAACCGCAGCAGUGAUUCCACGCUGGACGCCAAGCAGCCUCAUUCACCGGGUUCUUCCACCCCUCUGGAUCGACCCCUGGGUAGACUCAAUCGACUCUCGACCUCUCUGCGAGUGAGGAGGGUACAGACCGAAGAUGAAAACCCCGCGAGUGCACCCCCUGGCCGGUCGAUCUCGAGAAGUGUGACCGAAAUUGCCAAUCCAGCAGCCACCCAUCGGUCACCGCGACAGCGCAUUUCGUAUGGCUACACCACCUCUCAGCAACCUCCGGAGAUUCCGCAGGAUCAUAACGCCAGGUUCUCGGCUCAGUCGCAGCAAUCGCAAUCGCAAUUGCCCCAGCCUCGCACCCCAACCGCCUCACAAUCCGGUAUUCCACUCCGUCGGAGCCUGAUGACGCCGACCAGUUACACUCCGGCCACGCCGCGAUCAAACAUCCAAGCCGGUUCACGCCGAUAUGGCUUAUCUGCUGCUGCAACAUUUGACGGCACGAUGGACGACGCGUCGUCGUCCAUUGCACCAGCCGAGUCGGCUUCUCACACCCGCAUCGUUGCCCCUUCGACCAAAGUAGCCGGCAGCUACACUCCUAUCUCGCAAAAUCGCCUACGAGCCAACAGCCUGGGGGCUCGACGAUUUGGCAUGCGAUCCCGGCCGAUGGCCGCUGGUAAUGACGCUGUAAAUCUAGAUGAUAGCAUUGAUUGA